UUUGCAUUAAACAUGGUACAAUGGCUCUUAUACUAUUGUUAUUAGGUAACACAGUCAUGUCUAACUACACAGUAGUAUGCAUAUGUACACUUCACACUUUAGGACAUACAACGCAUCAAACAUAAUAGACAGGUAUAUACAAUAUAAUGCAAAUUUCAAUACUAAAACUACGAACAGUUAAUUAGAAGGAACCAUCAAUUUAAUAAUAAAAUAAUAAUGCAGCCUAUACAUGUCCCACUGCUGCAUAUUACGCAUAGCUAAGUAGGCUUCCUAUCUUAAAUUAGACGGAGUACAGUCCAUAAUUUCCCUAUCACUCUCAUCACUUGAUGUCAUUUUUAUUUUUGGUGAUAUAACAAUUGGAUAGAAUGAGAAUAAAUAAAAAUGUAAAUAGUUUUAUUUUUAAACUUGACACUUGAAAAAGCUAUUCAAGCACCAUGUUUAACCGCUUAUAACUAUAGUACCAUAGAUUUUUUUUUUAAUCUCACAAGUAUGCUUACAGAGAGAGAGGUUGUUGGCUGUAUGUAAUAUUUCCUGUGUCGGGCUAAUCUUAGUGAGUAAAUUUAAAAAGUUAGAGCAGUGGACAAUAAUUGUUCAGGCCCAUCAAUGGAGCCUACUUUAGAAACAAAUAAUAUUUUACUCACAGAACAUAUAACUCCGAGGUUUCAAAGGCUACGUCGUGGUGAUAUUGUUAUUGCAAAAAGUCCUAACAAUCCUAGGCAGAACAUCUGUAAAAGAGUAACAGGCCUUCCGGGAGACAAAAUGAGGGGUCAAUUUCCAAGAAGAAGCCAAGUAGUGCCAAGAGGGCAUGUAUGGUUAGAAGGAGAUAAUGCAAGCAACUCAUCUGACUCUCGGCUCUAUGGACCUGUGCCUCAGGGCUUGAUCAGAAGCAGAGUACUAUGCCGAGUUUGGCCUUUAGACAAAAUCUCAUCCUUGACUGAUGUUUAAUUUUGUUUUACUUUUCUCAAAAUGUAUGUAUAUGUAAAUAAAUAGUAGACAAGUAUGCUCCAA